AUGGCCCUGUGCCUCCCCGCUCGUUCUGCGCCUUUUCGCCGGAACUUUGCUGCCUCUCCCAAGGCUGGUGUGUUAGAUAUGGUGGCCUUGAGAACGACUGGUCAGCGUAAGACCGGUGCUAGGAACUUCUCCAAAUCAUGGAAACAAUGUCAUAACCAACAGCAGCAGGAAAAUCCCGGCCCAAAGGGUUUCUUCGGCUCCCGUCUUCGCUUUGCUCUGCGCAACACCAAAGUCGAGUGGUAUCCGAUCCCCGUCGGCCUGGGUAUCGGUCUCCUGGGUCUGCUGCAGUUUUACAAAUAUCAACGGGCGGAGCGUGAAAGAAGCGAGAGAGAGGCCGAGGAGGAGUCGUUCGAAGUCAGCAAUCCUCCUCCCCGACAUCGAAUCCGACCCAGCGGACCAUGGCAGGUCCAGAUCAUGUCCACUUUGCCGCUCAAGGCGAUUUCUCGUCUCUGGGGUCGCUUCAACGAGAUCGAACUCCCCUACUAUCUUCGUGUGCCUGGUUUCAAACUCUAUUCCUGGGCUUUCGGCGUGAACCUGGAUGAAGUAGCCGAACCCGAUCUACAUACUUACCCGAAUUUGGCCGCCUUUUUCUACCGCAAGCUGAAGCCCGGCGUGCGGCCCCUGGACCCUGACCCGCACGCCAUGCUUUCGCCGUCCGACGGGCGCGUCCUCCAGUUCGGCCUCAUCGAGCGUGGCGAAGUCGAGCAGGUGAAGGGCGUUACCUACAGCCUAGACGCGCUGCUGGGUGCUGCCACGCCAUCGAACGCUGACCAUGCGAAGAAGUUUACCGACCACCAAAAGGAGCAGUCCCCGAAGGACGCCGCCAACAUGCUGGCGGACGAGGAAUUUGCCCAAAUGAACGGUAUCUCGUACACGCUGCCAACGCUCUUCGCCGGUGAUGAAGGCGGCGGUGCCAGGAAGCGGUCGGCAUCUCUGGACGCAUCCACCGAGUCGAAAGCCUCCGCGGAGGCCGAGGUGAAAGCCGAUCUCGCUCUUGGGGAUGGUACGCCUUGGUAUGCCCCGAAGCCGGCCUCAGACAAUGCUCUCUACUACGUCGUGAUUUACCUGGCCCCUGGCGACUACCAUCGGUUCCACUCCCCCGUACCCUGGGUCGUUGAGUCCCGUCGACACUUUGCAGGCGAGCUGUACUCGGUGUCGCCGUAUCUGCAGCGCCAUCUUCCGGGUCUCUUCACCCUCAACGAGCGAGUGGUCCUGUUGGGACGCUGGCGUUGGGGAUUCUUCAGUUACACUCCCGUCGGCGCCACUAACGUCGGUUCGAUCAAGGUGAACUUCGACUCCGAGCUGCGUACCAACAGCCUUUCCACCGACACGGCCGCCGAUAUGGCCGCCGCCGUUGCGGCCAAGCGAGGCGAGCAGUACCCCGGAUUCGUCGAGGCGACUUACCUUCACGCCAGCAGGACCCUGGGUGGACACCCGCUGCAGCGAGGUGAAGAGAUGGGCGGAUUCCAGCUCGGUAGCACCAUCGUCCUAGCCUUCGAGGCACCCAUGGGCACGCGGAAGUCCUUCGAUGCCGGAUGGGACGAAGGAAAGAGAGAGAAGGGCUGGAACUGGAGUAUCGAAAAGGGCCAGACCAUCAAGGUCGGCCAGAAACUCGGCUAUGUGGACGUGCAAGACUAA